AUGGGGGCUCAAGCUUCUAUUCCGAUAUGGGUUUCGCCUCUUCACGUGAUUCCUGCAGUUGGCAAUGCGGUGGAUGGUUUCGACAAAAUCUACGACCUGCAAGAGGGGCAGAAGAUUUUUGAGACUCCAGCAGCAAUGUUGGAGGCUUUGGGCGUCUUCAACCUAACCCAGACGUCAGCUUAUGACUUCUUCAAGAGCCUUGGUGUGCAGGAGAAGUUCGUGAAGAAGAUGGUCGACGGAGCUUCCCGGUGCAACUACAACCAGCCAGGCACCAUGAACAGCUUCGCCGACUUGAUCUCGCUCGCCGGUGUGGGCGUUGCGGGCCAUGUCUUCGGCUUGGCCAACGGCACGCAGGCCAUUUCUCGCGGGCUUCUGAGAUCGGCAUCCCGGGUCCAUCUCGGGGAGCACGUGGUGAAGGUGGCCUCGCAUGGGACUGGUUACCUGGUGCAGACUACCCAGCGGUCCGAGCAGUUUGACGGCGUCAUUUUGGCGACGCCACUGGAGCUAGCAGCCAUCCAACUGCCAGCAGAGGCCAAGCGUGGCAUAGGGGUAAGCUGGCAACCUGUGGCAGAGCUCGUCGCUGCGCCGGUUCUUGUGCCCGCAAAGCGGGAGGCGACACUCGCUUUGGACUCGAGGCUCUGCUCUUUCAUGGUCCGUUGCGCAAAACUGCUUCGCGCUUCGCCCAUGUCGCCGGGCCGGUUGUUGGCUCAGUGUACUGUAGAGCUGGGCGAGUCCCCCACGUCCAGCAAGUUCGCAAAACAGUACCAGGUACCACCUGAGUUUCCUGACAUUCUCAAGGACUUCACCCGAGAAGUUCUCCGCUCCCAGCCGGAGAACAUCCAUGAGUUUGCGGCCAAGUAUUUCGAAUGCUUGGCCAGCGGCCUUCCAGUUGAUGCCGGGCAGGCAACUGCAGCAGAAGAGCUAGACAUGUCGCUCGAUGAGGUCGAGGGAAUCAUCCAUGACCUCUUCAAGAAGUACGACAAGGAUGGAAGCCAGUUCCUGGACCCCGCAGAGUUUAAGUCUUUGAUGGAAGACUUGCAGCAGCGGCUGGAUUUUCCCAAGGACGAGAUACUCCUCUUCUUGGCUGAGGCGGACAUGAAUGCGGACGGAAUGAUCGAGUACGAGGAGUUUAUCCCGUUGGCCUUGCAGAUCAUCCAGGGCAUGUACGCCAAGAAGCGACUCGAGCAGCACAUCUCCGAUGUGGACCUCCAAGCGGAAGAGCUCCUCGUCCAUGGAAUGUCCAGGGAGGAGUUGACCUCCCUGGUCGGAAGCAUGUUUGAGCGCAUGGACGAGGACCGCAGUGGGCAGCUGAACAAGCAGGAAUUCGUGACGGCACUAACCUCCAUGGAACUGGG